AUGAAAUCGUUAAUAAUAGCUAUAGUUUUUGUUUUAUUAAAUUAUGCUACUUGUUUUGAUUGUUAUGAUUGUCAAAAUUGUGAAAUCCCUGCUAAUGAUCAAGCAAAUACCGCAACAUGUAGUUCAUCUGUAACACAAUGCAUGAAAAUAACAGCAAAAUUAGGCACUGUUUAUACAUACGUUCUUAAACAAUGUGGACCAUGUUCUAAUGAAACAUUUGCAUUUGGUGUCACUUUUGUUCAAGUUGAUUGUUGUACAGGAUCGAAAUGUAAUGGAACAAAUACUUUAUCAUUCUCUGAAUUUUCAAUAAUAAUUUAUCUUCUUUUUUUUAUUAUAUACUUCAAAUGUAAAAAUGAACUCUAUAUUAAUCAUAUUUACAAACGAAAACGACCAUGGCAUGAAAUAACAUUACCAUUAACAAAUAAAUCUGUAAAGAACAUUGAUCAGAAUUUAAUUUCUCUAUUACCACGACAAUCGAUAACACCACUUAUUCAAGAAUAUCUUCCUUAUGGAUUAAAAAAAUCACCAAUACAAAGAAAAAUGAUUACUCAACUUCAAUUUAAUGAACCACCAUUAUUUAUAAAUAAUUUUAAAGAAGAAUGGGAUGAAAUGGAUACAAAAAGUAUAUUUUCAUUACGAUCAAUAUCUACUCGAACUUCAUAUUAUACAAUUAGAGAACAGACUUUUUGUGAUGAAUUAAUUCUCGAUGAAAAAUCUCUUAUUAAAUAUUCAUCAUUAACAUCUUCAAAUAAACCUAUUAUAUCAUCACCUUCAUCCAUUGAACAAUUAUCUUCUAUUAGUAAUUCUUCAAAACCAACAUCAUUACAAUUAGUUUUCAAACCAUGUAUUAGUUUAUCUAAACAAUUACUUAAUAAUGAAAAAUCUAUAUCAGAUCAAAAUAAUUCAUCAAAUUAUAUUGUACUUAAUAUGGAUAAUUUUAAAGAAAUAAAUAUAUUUAAUAAUUUAUCACACGUAUAA